UCGAUUACCCUCAUUUCUAGGCUUCCCUUGAGUGUAACACUGCUGUAUUCAGGGAAGUUAAUCGAACGCACCCAAAAUUAGCACUCCCAGCUGUUGGUAUGUUCAGCGUGAUGGUGCAUUCCUUACGGGGGGGUGCUGGGCCAUGUCUAUUGAUGUAAAGUACCAGAGGUACAAUGGUCUGCUUUUAACAUUCCACUGAUUGUCUGCUUGCAGAGUAUACAAGGCCCAUAUGUGACUACCACUAGGGUUAGUGAGCGUAGCGGUACAUUCCUUGUUUUGCGUCAGUGAGGCCCCAGGUUGAGCCCCGGCUUGGCCCAGGCUUUAAGUGCAUUUGGUUUCCAGUCCAUACUCGCUCUCGCAGGUUUUCUCCGGGUACUGCGGUUUCCUCCUGCCCGUAAAACUGGACCUUUGUCCUUACUCCGUAUAUUGUAAUGUGAUGCUGAUUAAUAACCUGAGAUGCUGAAAGGCCUAUGUGUUGUGAUGGUAAUGGUGCAUAGUGUUGUGAUGGCAGUCUACCUUUUCAAGAUAAACUAGUCAAGCAUGCAGCACCCGCACGUAGUUGAAGCUGCCCGUUGGAAUAUAUGCGAUCACCGUGGCCACGGCAGUCCACAUGUGGUGGUAUUGUUUACCUUUGGCGCAAUCCAGUCACGUGGGUAAAAAAGGUCUUUCCUAAAGGGAUGGCUGACUGGGGAAGCCUGAGCAACGUAGGUCCGACUUAAUUCAAGUCACAGACCUGAAGGAAGGAGAGAUUGUGCAUUUGAACCCUGAACAUCAUCUCCACGUAGCCCAACACAUCAUUGUUACCUAUUCAAGCUCUCUUACUGCAAGCCUUUCUACUGUAAGCUCUGCAGCUACUUGCCAAGACAAGUCAAGUCAUCCCCAACUUCAACGCAUAGAUCAUCUUCAAGCUAGGCCCUUUUCUUAUUUUCAUUGUUAAUUCGUAAUUAUUUUCUGUUAAAUAGAAUCCCUGAGUUUUUCUCCUUGUUAAAUACAUGUAUUCUUCGUACAGCGUACGAAAACUUUUCACUACCUUUACUGGAAACGAAUUAAUCUUCACUGGUUGGUUUGUAAUAAAAGGCGUAAACUAGUAAACAAAUAAAUAAUGUAAGCAGGUGUCAUGAUUCUCAUACCAUGACCGCUGUAGGCCAAGUUUAGUGUUGUAGACCACACGCGUGUUUGGAAACAGACUAUGCGCAUGUCUGUGGUAAGCGUCAGUUUGUUUUCAUCCUUUUUGUCGACGACUUGGUGUCAUGACUUGUUUUGUAAUAGGCUUAAACACAGAUGACUGUAAUCGACCCCGUUUCCUUCCUGUGUUGCCCACCAUAAGGUAACUGAUACCAUCGGUAAACAGAGGACGUUUCAAUGUUGUUUAUGUGUUUGUCUUUCGCCCACGAUGGGGGAAACAGCGCGUUCUGGCAUUAUGGGUGUACGUGCUGCCAACGUGGAGGCAUUUAAGUGUAACUGUACUGAAUUACUGCAGACCCAAUCUGCAACUUCGUUCUCUUCUUCAAUAUAUAAAAUCUGAGAUCGCGGCCCGUUAGGUUAAAUGUACAGUAUCUACCAUUAUCUAAGAAACACUGGUCCCGUUUUUUUACUCAUUUCUUAACACGGAACUGUGUCAACUAGGUUUGUAUUAACAAAUUAGGGUAAUAAUAUAAUAUAGUUUCGCUUGAUGAUUCCUUCUGUACGACUAAACCAAUGACAGUCAUAAAACAACUCUUGCAUAAUUCCUACCAUAGAGUAAGGACACAUACACCCAGUAAACCUCUUAUCUGUGGACUGCCCGCCACCGCUGCUUCCCCCACAAUCCCCAUAGAAGGUGUACAAACAGAAAAGGGUCACUAUCUAUACUGACCCGGAGCGCUGGUGGCUCUCUGUCAGUGUCAACUAAUAAAGUUUGAACAAGGCCAAAUUGUUUUUCAUGAGCACAAAGCCUAUAGGGUUUCCAGACCAGGUUCACGUACGUACAUCAUCUGCAUUAGAUAGGAGUCAACAGGUCACUCUAUUCCUGUCUCAGAUUCCGGGACCGCCAGUUUCCUGACCCGCCAGUCAGGACAUCUAAUUUGAGCCUCUGUUUCUCUCUGGGAUUGUUGAACCGUGUAAAGUUGGUGCGUUCACUGGGUUGAGCAGGGAUUGGAUAAGAACCCCCCCCAAGGGAUCGGAUUUACGGCGAAUAGAAAAGGCGCUACACUUCAAGUUCAACUUCCAGCUAUGGCCUGCUGCCAGUCCCACUGUUGGUGGUGGCGUUGGGUUGUCACACUCGCCGCAUUCAACAUGAUAUUCCUCUCCCUGGGCCCUCAAUACAACUACAGUAUCCUCUACGUGAGCCUACAGGCAGAGUUUCAUUCUGGAUCGGCAUUAACAGGUUGGAUCGGCUCCUUAGCCGGGGCCUUAUCCUGUCUGUGUAGCCCGUUCACUGUUCUGCUGGAACGCAAGCUGAGCAAACGGGCUGUCGUCAACCUCGGGAUCGUCCUCUUCUGCGCCGGACUCAUGACGACGUCCUUCGUGCCGGCCGUUGGCUACGCCUACUUGACAUUCGGGGUCCUGGCGGGGGUUGGCUCCAACCUCAUGUGUCAUUCGUCCGUUGCGCUGGUGCUGGACUGGUUUGUCGGGAAGAACUUCUAUCGUGCUAGCGUGUUUACUGUGUUGGGAUCAACCUGUGGUAUGCUGGUCUUCAGUCCCGUGGUGACGAUUUGCAUUACUCACUACGGAUGGCGCGACGCUCUGCGAAUUCUCAGCGGUGGGAUACUGGCGGCGGGCCUCGCCAGCAGCGCGUUCCUGACCAACCCGCCUACCGAAGACUACGCCGCAGCCGCCGACGAGUCUCUGGAGAAGAAACAGGAAAUGGAGACUAUGGUUCCAGCUAAGAAAGAUCCCGAGGGUUGUACCAAAGGGAAGAACAGUGGAGAGUGCGGAAGCAAGGAUAAUGAGACAAACGAGAAAGAAGAAAAUAUUGAGGAGGCCGAAGGCAAUACUGUCAGCAAUCCUGGAUUUUUUGUUUUGAUCAAGAGCAUUGAGGUUUGGCUGUGGUUUAUCGGUUCCGUUCUUGCAUAUACUGGGUGGACAUUCUUCAAUAUCAAUUUUGCCAGUUUCAUGGAAGGGCUUGGCUUCAGCAGCAGCCAGGUAGCCUCUGUCAUCAUGUUUUUUGCUUGUGGGGAAAUUGGCGGGAAAAUCCUCAUAGGUGUGACAGGAGAUCGCCUGCCGUUCUUACGUGUGUACUUGAUCUUUACGUCGUGUAGCCUGGGUGCUGUUUUACUGGGCCUACUGACAAUCGUUGAGACUUUAACAUCAGUUGUCAUCGUUGCUGUUUUGUCUGGCGUUCUGCGUUCUGGUCUGUACGGUGCAACAAUCGCAGCUGGAGAGCAAUUGUUUUACCAGACUUUUGGCGCCAACACUGUCAUGGUGCUAUCCUUUGUUCCUUCGGGGGUCGGAACAUUGAUAAGUGCCCCUCUAUCAGGUGUGCUGUACGACUCCACAGGUAACUACACCCUCGGCAUAUUGGUCAUCGCCGUCCUUUUCGUGUGUGCGUCGGCGACGUUUGCGGCUAUUCCCGUACACAGGAAGUGCAGAUCGCGUGGACGGUGUGGCAGAGCAGCCUGUUCAGAUAUAGCCUGAGUAUCUCCAAAGUCCGGCUGGCCGCACCACUGCAUGUUUGACAUAGUAUGCAUACACAACACGCUACAUUUAAGCAUAUAGAGGCUUUGAGUGGUAGCCAUCUUGCCGAACAGUUCUAUUGUUUUACGGGGAACUUUCCUUGUGCAUACCAUGAUAAACAACAGCAUUGGCCUGCAACAUGGCAGUCAUGCAAAUCCUAUAUAGAGAGGAACCCAGAGACGUUCGACGACAAUGUCUGAAAAUGAUUCCUUUAAAUGGUGGAAAGCCUUUUUUAGACAGUGACAAAGAUUGGCUCCGUACAAUAAUUCCCCUUACAAUAGUGAUGUCCAAAAAUGUAGCAUGGCAUCGGGCGGGGGUCCAUAACAUGGGGCACAUUCAACAAAGCAUAUGUUUUUCAUCUUGAACUUGAAAUUCACUAAGCCAUUUCGUGUUUUUUCCUCACUUAUACCUUCAACCUCCGCGCUCUUGAGAAAUGCUAAUUUUUGCCCUUUCUUUUAAGAGAUCCUCGGGAAAUUGUACCUUUGAAAUUUGAAAAGCAACUUGUAGACUAGGUGCUAAAUUCAAGAUCAGAGAAACGGGCUAAAAUAGAAUCCACGAGAAUUUAACUUGCUGUUCCAGUCAUUUUCCAUUCUCCAACUGUACACAGAAAGGUUUCGUUAUUGGUAUUUUGGUCAAACCUUUGCUUGAAUUGAUUGUCCAUCAAUUUGUAAGAGAAUUGUUAUUUCAAGAAUCAAGACAAAAUGUGAGUUUUCACUUGUGUAUUUCACGCCAUAGUGUAUUUUGCACAAAAGAACAUCCCGAAAGUAAAAUAAAUAAACAAAUAGCCUCCAAGCUAGACGGGGUUUCCUUGGAGACCACUGACAUGUUGCGUCAUGAACUAAUUUGAACCGUUAACGAUGCCGCGCCAAAGAUUUUACCAAGAGUCGUCAGGAGUCAUCUUCAAGUCAGGGAAACAGACGAUACUAUAGUUGGCGUAUCCCAUCAUUGGUGGAAGUAUCACGUGAUGGGGUGAACUUUUUCGGUUUAUAAUGAUUUUUGAUGUCUAGAGCUUGAAGCUGGAGCUAGUGGUAUCAAUGUGAGAAAGUAAAAAAAAUUAUUAAAAAGCACAGAUCGCA